CUCAUACACACACUAAGCAGAGAGCUACACACUAAAUAUCUCCCCCUCACUCUCAUCAUCAGCUUAAUUACUUAGUCUAACUAAUUAAGCUUGAUUAAUAAUAUCUAAUUAAUACCAUGGCCGAUGUGAAACCACCGGCGGCAGAGCCAGAGACCAAGGCGGCGGCAGCCGCGGAAGAAGCCCCGCCGGCGCCACCUUCGGUCGAGGCCAGCAAGUUGACGGAGGAAGAGGCGGCAGCUCCUCCUCCGACUGCUUCGGCGGGUGUGGGGGUACUGUUUGUUUCUUUCAAGGCUGACGUGGCACUGAGGGCGGUGCUUUUGGCCGCUACGGUGACGGCGGUGGUGGUGAUGGCCACCGCCGAGCAGACGGAGAUGGGCCGCAAAGCAAAAUUCGAUCACUCCCCUGCCUUCAUAUACUUCAUUUCAGCACUGUGUGUAGCAGCCACAUACACCAUCAUCACCCUCCUAGCAUCCGUGGGAGUGAUCCUCAAGCCACAAUACGAAAACAAGUUCCUGCUCCACUUCAUCUUCCUCGACGUGCUGGCGCUAGGACUAGUUUCCACGGCCACCGCGGCGGCCGGCGGCGUGGCCUACGUCGGCCUGAAGGGCAACAAGCACGCCGGGUGGAUGAAGGUGUGCAGCGUCUACGACAAGUACUGCAAGCACUUGGGAAGCUCCAUUGCCAUCUCCCUCUUCGCCUCUGUUCUGCUCGUCCUCCUGGUUUUCCUCUCUGUCCUGUCCCUCCACCGCAAGAUCCCACCACCAGCAACCACAGCUGCCUAGCUGAGAUUGAAGCCGUUGGUGUGUGUGUGUGUUGCUUAUGUUGUUGUUGUGAGUUGUGAUUCUUUUGAACUGAAUUUGGUUUCUCAUUUGGAGAAUGUUGGCGUCUGUGUAUAUAUGUGGUUGGAGUUGUAAUGGAGACUCUCUCUCUCUCUCUCUCUCUCCCUAUCCCUGUCCCAUUUCUUCUUCUUGUGUAUAAUAUGCACAUCCAAUUGCAGUGAAAAAAGAUGAGUCCUUCUUGAACCCUAUGUUUAGGAUUCCAACUCAAAGUUCCAAGCUUUUGCAUUGUUCAUAUACGACAUGUAUCAUAACAACACACAUUCAAGCUUAUCAAUGGCUGCCCAAUUUUAAAAUAAGCUCCCUCUCUCUCUGUACCCGAAAAAAAUGUAACAGAGACCUCAGAAUAUAGAUUGUUCACCCAAUUCCUGACCAGCCAUGCCUUCCUUCAACACCCUCUCGAAGAACUCCUCCAAUGUAUCCUUCCCAUAGCUAGGAGUCUUCUCAGCACUGUACUCCCCACUCUCAGCAUCCAAGACCAGCAUGCUCUCAGCAGCAUAGUACCUCCCAAUCUUCCCAAACUCGGCCGCGUCCUCCAUCCCUGGGAAGAUCUUCACAAGGGAAUCCAGCACGCUAAUGGCGAAAUCCAUGAUCCCAAUAGGCACUUUCAAGAACUUGGGCUCUUUCCCUACCAGUUUAUGCAGCAUCUCCCCUUGCUCCAAUGGCGUCAAUGCCUUCCCCGGCCCACCAAUGGGGAGAACCCUGUUCAUCUUGUCUUCGUCCAGCACACAAUCCGCCAUGAACGAUGCCAGAUCCUGUUCGCUGAUCGGCUUACAAGCACAGAGCUUCCCAUCUCCAAACAUGACAUACGGCUUCCCUUGUUUCACUAACUCAACUUGCCCUGCUAAGCUCUUGAAGAAAGCAGUCGGCCUCACGAUGCUGUAGCUAAACCCCCCAUUGUCAUCGCUUUCGGCUUCCUGCAUCAACUCCUCCUCGAAUUUCAGCUUCGCGCGCUGGAACUCGAGGAGCGGUUUCUGAACACAGAUUGCAGAGAGCAGGACAAAAUGCUUGGCGCCCUUCUUUUUACCUGCCAGAAGACUGUUUUUGGUUGCUUCGUAAUCAAUCCUCCAUGAAUCCUUAACCCCUCCCGAUCGACUUGCGAGGCACGAAACGACGACAUCGAUUGGAACCCCUAAUUCAUCAAGCGAUUUCUCCAGAGUUUCCAAUUCGGUCACGCUGGAGAAACACACACUGGCUCCUUGCAAUUCUUCUAGGGUUUGGUCCUUGCUCUUCUGGCCACGAAUUCCGCUCUUCUCCCUAGCCACUGCUAUGACGUUGAACCCUCGAUUCACCAGCUCUUUCGCAACGAAUUUGCCUAUGUAGCCCGUGGAACCCACUACCAGGACGUUGAUUUCCCUAGGGUUCUUGGUCCUAAACGUAGAUGUAGAAACUUGGACUUGUUGAUUAUUAUCAUCAGUAGCGAUUGAAGCUGUAAUCGUACCACGCUUGAGUAGCUUUCUGCUUAAGGAUUGAGCGGGAGUAGAAGGCGAAGUAAGGUAAUGUACCUGGAGAGUUCCAUUGUUGAGGUGGGUUGGCACAAUUGGAGCUCUGUAUGACUUGCAGGGAUGGAGAUUGAACACAGUCGAAGAGAAAGAAAGCGCCAUUUUUUUCUUUCUUUCUCUGCUUCCCGCUUUUCACUUGCUUGGGUUCUGAAGGUUUGGUCUAUAGAGAGAGAGUGUAGAAUAUGGAGCGGGGAGAGAAAUUUGAGGCUGGAAAUGAAGGUGUGGGAAGAAGUGGCUUCCAUGGCGGACCAUCAGACUGAAAUCUGGAGAGGAUUAUCGGUCAGGAUUUUUUUUUUCUUCAUAUUUUUUUGUAUUUUCUCAUUCGGCUGCAAUAGACAUAGCCCAUGGGCUAUGG